CACCGCUCGUCAUCGCGCCGCGCCGCAGCGAGGGCCUGGCCGCCGCCAUGGUGCAGCUCGGCCGCCACCUCCUGAAGGGCUACCGGGGCGGGCACGUCGUGAUCCGCUUCGCCCUGGGAGGCUGCACCAACCGGCCUUUCUUCCGCAUCGUGGCGGCGCACAGCCGGCGGGCUCGCGACGGAAAAUACCUGGAGCAGCUGGGCUGCCUCGACCCGCUGCCCAACGCUCACGGCGAGCGGGUGGCGGGGCUCAACCUGGAGCGGCUGCGGUACUGGCUGGGCUGCGGCGCGCAGCUCUCCCGCCCGGCGGAGAAGCUGCUGGGUCUGGCGGGGUUCCUGCCCCUCCACCCCAUGACGGUGACCGGCGCCGAGAGGCUGCGGCGGCGGCGGCGGGUACAAGAGGCAGUCUCAGCUCCUGCAGAGGGCUCGGCCGGGCCCGGCGAUGCGCCCUGAGGGAAGGGCCCCGGCGAGAAGCAGCCCCAGGCAGGACCCUGCCCUCCCUCCUCGGCACAUCUGGCGGCAUUAAAGUGUCAUUUGCGCACCCUACGCUGUCCAGGCCCUGCUCUCUCCUGACUCCGCUCUGAAAAGUUUACUGUCGCUGCCGAAUUUGGUGCAGCAAAUCCAAACGGGGUUUUCCCACUAUAAUAUAGGUACAGAACCACUCCGGGAGGCACUUACAGCCAUUCCUAAAGGCACGUUAUUAGCUCUAUCACAUUGCUUUCUGCAGCAAUGCCAUGACUACUGCCAGCUUCCACUCACCAAGCGUUUGGUCUCCUGGCUCCGAUUCACUGUGUUGGGACAGUCCUGGCAGACAAAUGCAAAGGAGACUGCAUCUAUUUGUGUAGACGGUGUUUCUGUUUUGUUUCUCCACAGAGGGUUCUGGGCCGUUCUGUUAAUUUACAAGCAGAAGGGAAAGAAUUAGUCUCGGGUAAAGAGGGAGUGGGGUUUGCAUGAAACGAGAUACGUCUUACUACUUCGUCACGUAUUUGACCCUAUCCCAAGAAGCAAGAAACCCACUGAAAUCUCUCUCCUACCUCAGUGACACCUCUUGCUUUUUGGGGUUUCCUUUGGCGCAAUUCUCACAACACGAUUCUACGAAGGUCGGGCAAAGACCCAUGUUGAGUUUUGCAUCUCAUCAAGGCUGUAACUGACCCAAUAGAGGAACAGCAGAAAACACUCUAAGAAAAGGUUUGGCUUGCUCUUAUAAAAAAUUCACAGUACUGAGAAUGAGUGGUUUUAUUACUGCUUAUGGAUGAAAGAGUAAAUGAUUAAAAAACUAUUCUUGGAAGUAGAUGAGGCUGUGAAAGGUGAUAUUGCUUUUCUCAUACCUUCCCCUUCUAUGUAUUUAAUGCGUUUGGAGUCACAUUUUACAUAAAAUGAUGACUGUACUCUGGUACAGGGUUUCUAGAAGUUCCUCUGUAGCUUACUCUAGAUUUUACUGCUUCAGAGGUAAAGGUUUGCAUCUGCACAGUUCUUCCUAUUGUAAUCUAAAGGUACCACACAGCGAGCUUUCUGCUUCAAACAGAGGAAGGUAGCUCUGUAAGGUUUCUUUUGAGCCAGUUUUGUGGAGACCUGGCUCUUUUCCUAUGAAGUUAUUAAAUAAAGGAUCCCACAAUCAUA